UAGUAACCGAUAAGUGACAAAUUGCAAAUGGCGGACGAAAGCCUCAGUUUCUGAACGUUAUUGAAUUCUAAAAAAAAAUAUAUCAUUGGAAUAGUGUAAAGUAUCGGUGAUUUUAUUAAAAUGACACAUUUUUUAUUGUGAGUGAAUAUAGGAGUGAUGUGUAGUUGUUGAACCUAGUGUGUGAAGUGAAUGUUGUGAUUUAAAGUGAAAAUCGUUUGAAAUCAGUAAAAAUGUCUUAUCCUGGACAGCCUCCGAUGGGAAUACCAGGAAUGCCCCCCAUGCCUUAUAUGGUGGGUGCUCCUCCCCCUAUAAUUGGAGGAGUUAUGCCAAUGCCUCAUAUGAUUCCGACGCCUGUGUCUGCAAUGCAAACUUCUGCACCAGCUGUGCGAUAUCCACGAAAUAACACUCAACCACGUCCAGAACCACCUCGACGUCGUGAACGUGAAACAGGUCCACCAGUGACUGUGUUUGUGGGAAAUAUUAUGGAUCGCGCUCCGGAUGUGAUGAUUCGACAUAUUUUAGGUGCAUGUGGUCAUGUCCUCUCUUGGAAGAGGGUUCAGGCAUUUGGUUUUUGCGAAUAUGCAGGUCCCGAUGCCGGUCUCAGGGCCGUACGACUUCUUCAUGAUAUGGAAAUUGGAAAUAAAAAACUUGUCGUUAAAGUUGACGCUAAAACUAAAGUAGUUCUGGAUCAAUUUAAAGCUGAAAAACGAAAGAAACUUCGCGGUGGUCAGUCACCGUUACAAGAUGAAACGCCUACUGAAAAUGCAGACGGCGAAGAUGGAGAUGAUUAUAUGGACGAAGUAAUGAGAGUUGUUGAUUCUGAUGCUCUUACUCGAAUUAAUCAAAUUAUUCAGGAACACACUGGCGACAUUGAAGUAGCUCAAUCUGCUCCAGAUGAUCAUCCAGUUAAAGUGUCAACUAAACAGUUGAAUCUUGAUGAUGCGGAAAUAGAGGAAAGUAAACGAGACUUAAUCACUCGGGAAAUUGGAAAAUUCAGAGAAGUCAUGAAGAAGCAGGAGGAGGAAAAGGCUCAAGUAAAGAAAAAGAAGGAAGCAGUGGAGAAAGAAGAAAGAGAAAAACGUGAGAGAGAGCGAAAAGAUAGACGCGAUGAAGAUGGAAAUCGAGAGGAUAAUGACGCUGAACCCGGAAGUCCAUCUCGUAAGACCCGCGGUGAUAGUACCAGUAAAAGAGAAAAAAGACGUUCCAGGUCAAGAUCCAAGGAUCGUGAUCGAGAUCGUGCACGAAGUGACAGAGAACGUGAUCGUGACAGGGAUCGUGAUCGUGACAGAGAUCGUGACAGGGAACGUGAGAGGGAGCGUGAGAGGGAACGCGAACGAGAACGUGAACGUGAGAGGGAACGAGAUCGUGAAAGAGAACGUGAACGGGAACAACGUGAGCGCGAACGUGAACGUGAUAGAGAACGUGAACGGGAAGAGGCGAGAAAAUCAGAGAGGGAAAUUCUUCGUGAACGUGAGGAGGAAGAGGAGGCAAAGGAGAGAAAGAAAAAUGAAAGGCGAUCGAGGGAGAAAGAUGCUGCCUAUCAGGAACGUCUUAGAACAUGGGAAAAUAGAGAACGACGUAAAUUGAAGGAAUACGAGAAGGAGGCUGAGAAAAAGAGAGCAAAACGUGAUCUCAGAGAGAGAGAAGCAAAGAGACUCAAGGAAUUUCUUGAGGAUUAUGAUGAUGAUAGAGAUGAUGCUAAAUAUUACAAGGGUAAAGAAUUAUCACGUCGUUUGGAAGAGAGAGCAGCCGAAGCUGAAACUGAUUCACGUGAUCGUUGCGCUGAACGACAAGAGUUGCAACGUCUUCGCGAUAAAUUAUACGCUGAUGCUUCUCAUCCUGAUCCUGCUGCUGAAUUUGAAAGGUUGAAAGCGGAAAGAGAAGAGCAAUAUAAACCGAAGCCAGUAAUAACGAUACUCGACGACGAGGACGAGAAGCUGUUGAAGAAAAAUGAAAAUGAAAUUUUACCACCUAUUGAAACAGAACCAAUUGAAAGUGAUAGUGAUGAUGAGGUUCAUUUUGACGAUGUAUCACAACCGGAACCAUCGAGAACACCGCCAAGACCACACCAUCAUCAUCGUAGGCAUCAUAGACAUCAUCAAAAUCAUCAUCGUGAUGGUGAAAAUGAUGAGGAAUUAAUUGAAAUUGAUAGGGAAAGUUCAAAAGAAAAAAGGCCAUCGCCAGUUAUUAUUAGGGCUACAACACCUGUACAAGCAAUGCUACCUCAUCAUGAUGAAGAUUCGAGAAUGUCUCUUGUUAGUGAGCCAGAAAAAACCAGUAGUAGUAAUUUUGUACCAUUUGCAAUGGGAGCUAGUGGAAUGCGUGCCAAUGAUCAUGCUGUAGGAAAUAAAACACCUGCGAGUCCAACUUUACCUCCAAAUGCACAUUCACAUCCCAAUCAAGUCAAGAAAAAAGGACGUAUUGACGUUAAAGACGUUUUCAAUAAUGACGAUGAUGACGAUACUACCAGUAAUUCGAAAAAACGAAAACUUGUUCCUCUUGAUUAUGGUGAAGAUAAAAAGAAGAAAGAGGAAACAAAUGCAAAACCUGGUAAGGAGGAAAAUUCAAAAUCACAAGAAGAAAAGAGAAAGCAUAUUAAAUCUCUUAUCGAUAAAAUACCGACAGACAAAACUGCACUCUUUGGUUAUCAACUCGAUUGGGCUGUAAUCGAUAAUACAUUAAUGGAAAAGAGGAUACGUCCUUGGAUCAAUAAGAAGAUAAUUGAAUAUAUUGGAGAACCGGAACCAACGUUAGUCGAUUUUAUUUGCAGUAAAGUAAUGGCAGGAAGUUCUCCACAGGGUAUUCUCGACGAUGUACAAAUGGUAUUAGACGAGGAGGCAGAGGUAUUCGUGGUAAAAAUGUGGAGGUUAUUAAUAUACGAAGUUGAAGCAAAAAAAAUGGGUUUAGUGAAAUAAAAUAAAUUUCCAUUGUGUUAUUAAACGAUCGAAUUGAUUAAUAGUUUUUACAACAAAAACAUGAAGAAGAAGAAAAAAAAAUUCCUACGAUAUUUGGUGUAAUGAGUAGUUUUUAAAACUCAUAUACAUUUAUUAUGUAUCAUUAUUUUGAAAUAUAAUGAUAAUUCAAUUCAAUCGCAAUUGAUCGUGCGGUGAAUGGACAACUUCGUGAGGUUUCGAAAUAUUCAAAAAGAAAAAGGAAUAACUAUUUGUAAUUACAAUUUGCAAAUUUACUUUACAUAUUUUUUUUUCUUGAAGGAGUAUGUAUGCCAGUAUAAAGAAAAGAGUUUACAAAACAUAAAUGAAUUAAGUUUUUGGAAACCAA